GCCAUCAAGAAAAUGCUUCCUAAAGGACUCUGCUUUUUGUGGAUUUCCCUGAGAUGUUUACACGGAGCAGAAAUCCUAGCAGCCGCCGCGGGGCGCAGUUACAACGCACUAACAUUAUUACAGCCAGCAACUGAUGAGGAGCAGGCUGCUUUCCCUUUAAAGCCUGACGCACUUAGUGCCCCACUUUGGAGAAAGCUCUGUAGCAGCAGCAGCAGCGGGGCCAGGGGACGUUGGACCCUCUCACCGCCCACCACCAUGGAGUUUCUGCUGGGGAACCCGUUCAGCUCGCCGGUGGGACAGCGGAUCGAGCGUGCCACUAACUCCAGUUCACCUUCCGAAGACUGGGAACUCAACAUGGAAAUCUGUGACAUUGUCAACAGCUCAGAGGAAGGGCCCAGAGAUGCAGUCAGAGCCAUAAAGAAGAGGAUUGUUGCAAACAAGAACUUCAAGGAGAUCAUGUUGACACUUACUGUUCUUGAGACCUGCGUGAAGAACUGCGGGUACAGAUUUCACAUCCUGGUGACAACGCGCGACUUUAUUGAGGGGGUUCUGGUGCGCUCCAUCAUCCCGAGGAACAACCCUCCGCAAGUUGUGCAUGACAGAGUCCUCGCCAUCAUACAGGCAUGGGCCGACGCAUUCCGCAGCUCGCCCGACCUGACGGGCGUGGUGUCAGUGUAUGAAGACCUGCGAAGGAAGGGACUGGAGUUCCCCGUGGCUCAGCUCGACGAUUACUUCUUGGCUCAAGCCCCAAAAAAGACUAUACCUGAGAAUGGGCCUACUGUUACUGCUUUCCCUGCUGUGCGCCUGUCUUCUAAACCUCUCAUCCCAGCUCACACCUCUGAGCUCAAACUGGCCCUGGAGGGAACCGGUGUCUUUACUCCUAGCCAGGUAAAGAUGUUGAAGACGGAGCUGGGAGUUGUGCGAAACAACCUGUCCACCAUGUCAGAUAUGAUGAGCCAGCUGGAUCCAGUCACAGUGAAACAAGCUGACAUGGAGCUGCUGGAGCAGUUGUACACUGUUUGUAAGGAAAUGCAAGACAGGAUUGUGAAGAUCAUCCCCAGACUCAGUGAGGAGAAGCUGAUCGAGGAGUUACUGGCCACCAACGAUGAAAUGAACACUGCCUUCACUCGCUACCACAGGUUUGAAAGAAGAUUAACGAAUGGUCAAAGCACAGAGCAGAAGAGUCCCAGCUAUGUAAACCUGUCAGAUUUUGAUUCAUCCAUCAACCAAUCAGGCUUCACUUCAGUUAAAAGCGACAGCUCCCUCAGUCUGUCCAAACCCGAUAGUUUGUCCAGUCAGAUGGCUAAACUAAGUACAAGUGAAUCAGAUGACAUGUUAUCACAGAAAAUAAACUUCUCAAGUCAACAAAGAUUAAGUAGUAUGAAUGAAGUCACAGUGGACGGUCUGGCUCAAGCUAAGGAGAGGAGUUUACAAACCACUGGAUUGGAUGAGAGUCCAAGCUCGACACGCAGCUCUUCGCCAAAGUUAGAUUGGAUGAUUAAGAGGGGAAUGAUUCCCAUCAAUCAGUCCAAUGUCAUGGAUGAUAUAGAGAAAUGGCUAGCUUUGGAAGAUGAGUACGAUGACUUUGAAGACUCCGACGGUGUGACCAGUGAAGAGUUCGAUCGGUUUUUGGCAGAAAGAGCAAAAGCAGCUGAGCGCCUGCCAUCCCUGCGAGGCUCCUCACAGGACGCCAACUACUCCGAGUCGUAACCCAGGCACUAACAAUGCUCAUCAAGCACUGGCGCCAUUAGCUAGAACGUUGAGAAGUCAUCCUGAUAAAUCAUUGAGUUGAGGGUAUUAUGUGGAAAUUACAUUCCAUCUUCAAGGAACAACGUCGGACAUUUUUUUUGCACACACUUGGCACUGGUGAGAAAACUCGCUUGUAACUGGAUGAAAACCAUGCUGUUGAAGGAAGGAAAUGGUUUUACUUGAUAACAUGAGGGUUUGUAUGUGGGCAAACUUUUGCACAUUUUAUAAGGUUACAUUCCUGGAGUUAAAGGAAAAAAAGAUAUUGUUACUAAGAAACACUUUGCAGGAUAUGUUAUGUAUUAUACUGCUGUGAAAUUUAUAUAUAUCUAUAUAGAUAUAUAUAUCUCUUUCUAUAUAUAUAUAUAUAUAGAUAUAGAUGUAUAUCUAUAGAUAUAGAUAUAGAUAUAUAUUGGUAACAUGAAAGGUAAAAAGCCACUAUAAAAAACCCUGUAAACUUGUAAGUGAAGCUCUGAUGUAACAUACUGUUAUUGUUUAAAUGCUUCACAUCUACUGUAUGUUGUUGGAUGUGGAAAAAUCCCAGAUUUUGUACAUCCAGAUUUUCCGCAUAAUGAUGUUUUAUUUUAAAUUGAUGCACUCUGCAUCAAUUUAAACAGAUACAGAGUGCUACCAGAUAUUAAACUAAAGCCAAAUAACUGGA